CACAAUAGCAUAGCAAUGGAAAACCUACAGGCAAAUUUCUCCUUAGUUCAGGGCUCAAAUAAAAAACUGAAUGGGAUGGGAGAUGAUGGCAGCCCGCCAGUGAAAAAAAUGAUGACAGACUUUCAUGCAAAUGGAAAAAUGAUAAACAAGGUGCCAACGGUAAAGAAGGAACACUUGGAUGACUAUGGAGAAGCACCUAUGGAAACUGAUGGAGAGCCUGUCAAGCGGACCUGUACUUCUGUGCCUGAACCUUUAAAUUUAAAUCCCAGUUUGAAACAUACAUUGGCACAAUUCCAUUUAAGUAGUCAGAGCUCUUUGGGUGGACCAGCAGCAUUUUCUGCUCGGUAUUCCCAAGAAAGCAUGUCACCUACUGUAUUUUUGCCUCUUCCAUCUCCUCAGGUUCUUCCUGGCCCACUGCUCAUCCCUUCCGAUAGCUCCACAGAGCUCACCCAGACUGUUUUGGAAGGGGAAUCUAUUUCUUGUUUUCAAGUUGGAGGAGAAAAGAGACUCUGUUUGCCCCAAGUCUUAAAUUCUGUUCUCCGAGAAUUUUCACUUCAGCAAAUAAAUACAGUUUGUGAUGAGUUAUAUAUAUAUUGUUCAAGGUGUACUUCAGACCAGCUUCAUAUCUUAAAGGUCCUGGGAAUACUUCCUUUCAAUGCUCCAUCCUGUGGGCUGAUCACAUUAACUGAUGCACAAAGACUGUGUAAUGCUUUAUUGCGACCACGAACUUUUCCUCAAAAUGGUAGUGUACUUCCUGCUAAAAACUCAUUGGCCCAGUUAAAGGAAACUGGCAGUGCCUUUGAAGUGGAACAGGAAUGCUUGGGCAAAUGUCAGGGUCUCUUUGCACCUCAGUUUUAUGUUCAGCCCCAUGCUCCGUGUAUUCAGUGUCUGGAGUGCUGUGGAAUGUUUGCACCCCAGACAUUUGUGAUGCAUUCUCACAGAUCACCUGACAAAAGAACUUGCCACUGGGGCUUUGAAUCAGCCAAAUGGCAUUGUUAUCUUCAUGUGAACCAAAAAUACUUGGGGACACCUGAAGAAAAGAAACUGAAGAUAAUUUUAGAAGAAAUGAAGGAGAAGUUUAGUGUGAGAAAUGGAAAAAGAACUCAUUCCAAGACAGAUACAACACCAGGAAUGGAAUUACAAUCAUGGUAUCCUGUUAUAAAACAGGAAGGUGACCAUGUUUCUCAGACACACUCUUUUUUACAUCCCAGCUACUACUUAUACAUGUGUGAUAAAGUGGUUGCUCCAAAUGUUAAAGAGGUCACAAAGACAGAGGCAAGUAAGUCCUUUUCAAGACAGCCAGAGAAGCCUCACAUUAAUAAUAAACACCAAAAAACAGUGUCUUACCCAGAUGUCUCACUUGAGGAACAGGAGAAAAUGGAUUUAAAAACAAAUAGAGAAUUAUACAGUCAAUUAGAUCCAUUGGUCUCACAUAAUUCUACAAGUAAAAAGAAAUCAGAGUCUGCUACUUGUGCAAGAGACUCAAGCAAGCAUGAUGAAGCUUCAUCUUCAUUUCUUGUCAAAGAUGUUAUUUGUGAGGAUGAUAAGGGGAAAAUCAUGGAAGAAGUAAUGAGAACUUAUGUAAAACAACAGGAGAAGCUGAACUCAAUUUUGCAAAAGAAGCAACAACUUCAGAUGGAGGUGGAAAUGUUGAGUAGUUCAAAAGCUAUGAAGGAACUCACUGAAGAACAACAGAAUUUGCAGAAAGAGCUUGAAUCUUUGCAGAAUGAACAUGCUCAACGAAUGGAAGAAUUUUAUGUUGAACAGAAAGACUUGGAGAAAAAAUUGGAGCAGGUAAUGAAGCAAAAAUGUACCUGUGACUCAAAUUUAGAGAAAGACAAAGAGACUGAAUAUGCAGCACAGUUGGCAGAGCUGAGACAGAGAUUGGACCAUGCUGAGGCUGAUAGACAAGAACUCCAAGAUGAACUCAGACAGGAACGGGAGGCAAGGCAGAAGUUAGAGAUGAUGAUAAAAGAGCUAAAGCUGCAAAUUUUGAAAUCAUCAAAGACUGCUAAAGAAUAG